AUGCAAACCAUUUCACUUGGUGGUGUUUACUGUUUGGCUAUGUCAAUUUGAAAAUGGCGUCGAAUUGUGUUGGCAUGCAAUGUAGGUUUUUGAGUUUGUCUUCUACGCGUUAUGGUAAAAGAAACUUCAGAAAGUUUUUGUUGCACAAUAAAAGAGGCACAAGAUUAUUCAAGAAAGCGCAAACAGAAAAACCAGAUCCUGACAUUCCCAUUUACCAUUAUGGUGUACGCCCCAUUGGAUAUAAGAAAGACAACAGAUUUAUUAUGGUGCCCGAAAUGAUUCCAGAACUGGUAGUACCAGAUUUAACCAACUUCAAGUUAAAACCUUACGUGUCUUAUGCGGCUCCGGAUGUCAUACAGUCAGAGUUCACAGCCCGUGACCUGUUUGAUGCAGUGUACCGCAGGAAAAUAGUAGAGGACUUCAAAAAUGGAAAAUUGGACUCCUCCGGAAACCCUCUAGAGCCAAGUCCUGAAGAGGCGUUGACUGCUGAUGAAGCGAAGAAUAAAGCAAGAUCUGUUGGAAAUGAUAUUUGUGGUGAACUACCGAGAAGUGCCCGAGAGUAGGAGACUUGUUACAUUAUGUGACUUGUAACACACUAGGUAAUCAGUGUUUGUAUAGUAAGAAUGUCACUGUUAAUACACAUUGUACACAGGCACCAAAAUAAAGUUAAUAAUUUGCU